AUGCCGGGGGUGCGGGUCGCCGCCGCCGCGCUGCUGGCGCUGCUGGUCCCCGCUGCGGCGCGCAGCCCCGGGGCCGCCGGCUGCGAGGUGCCCGCGGGCGGCCGCUUCGACUGCGGCCCCGAGCGGCUGCUGUCGCGGGCGGGCUGCGAGGCGCGGGGCUGCUGCUACGCGCCCGCCGGCCCCGGCCCCGGCCCCGGCCCGCCCUGGUGCUUCUUCCCCCGCGGCUACCGCAGCUACCGGGCGGAGAACCUGACGGCCACCGCCAGCGGCUACACCGCCCGGCUCCGCCGCGUCGCCGCCAGCUUCCUGCCGGGGGACGUGGGCAGCCUCCGGCUGGACGUGGCGCUGGAGACCCCCACCCGCCUGCGCUUCACGCUGCGGGACCCGGCCCGGCAGCGCUACGAGGUGCCCCUGGCCACGCCGCGGGUGAGCGGCCGAGCCGCCUCCACGCUCUACGGGGUGCAGGUCAACCAGGAUCCCUUCGGCCUCGUCGUCUACCGGCAGCGCGGCGGGCAGGUCCUGCUGAACACCACCGUCGCGCCCCUCUUCUUCGCAGACCAGUUCCUGCAGAUCUCCACCUCCUUGCCCUCCCAUUUCAUUUCUGGGCUGGGGGAGCACCUGACGCCACUGGUCCUCGACACGGCGUGGACCAGGGUCACCCUCUGGAAUCGGGACAUGGCGCCUGUGCCCCAGGUCAACCUUUACGGCUCCCACCCUUUCUAUCUGGGGAUGGAAGACGGCGGUUUGGCCCAUGGUGUCUUUCUGCUGAACAGCAACGCGAUGGACGUGCUCCUGCAGCCCAGCCCGGCCCUGACCUGGCGCACGACGGGUGGGAUCCUGGACUUCUACGUCUUCCUGGGCCCCGACCCCAAGAGCGUGGUGCGGCAGUACCUGGACGUUGUCGGGUUCCCCUUCAUGCCCCCAUACUGGGGCCUGGGCUUCCACCUCUGCCGCUGGGGCUACUCCUCCACCGACAUCACCCGGCAGGUCGUGGCCAACAUGACGGCAGCCCGCUUCCCCCUGGACGUGCAGUGGAACGACCUGGAUUACAUGGAUGCCAAGAGGGAUUUCACCUUCAACAAGAAAAGCUUUAAGGACUAUCCGGAGAUGGUGCGGGACUUCCACUGCCGCGGGCUGAGGUACAUCAUGAUUGUGGAUCCCGGGAUCAGCAGCUCUGGACCUCCCGGCACCUACAAGCCCUAUGAUGAGGGACUGAAGCGAGGGGUGUUCAUCCGAAACGCCACGGGGCAGACCCUGAUCGGGAAGGUCUGGCCGGGCCCGACGGCCUUCCCGGACUUCACCAACCCAGAGACUCACGAGUGGUGGCACGACAUGGUGAAGGACUUCCACGACGAAGUGCCCUUCGAUGGCAUGUGGAUUGACAUGAACGAGCCGUCGAACUUCGUGGAGGGCUCCCAGGAUGGCUGCCCCAAGAACAGCCUGGAGCAGCCCCCCUAUGUGCCAGGUGUGUUCGGGGGACGCCUCCAAGCUGGGACCAUCUGUGCCUCCAGCCAGCAGUACCUGUCCUCCCACUACAACCUGCACAGCCUGUACGGGCUGACCGAGGCCAUCGCCUCCCACGACGCGCUGCUGAGGGUCCGGGGCAAGCGCCCCUUCGUCAUCUCACGCUCCACGUUCGCUGGGCAUGGGCGCUACGCGGGGCACUGGACAGGGGACGUUGGCAGCGACUGGGAGCAGCUGUAUUACUCCGUACCAGAGGUGCUGCUCUUCAACCUCUUCGGGGUGCCGCUGGUGGGUGCCGACAUCUGCGGCUUCGUGGGUGACACGUCCGAGGAGCUGUGCGUGCGCUGGACCCAACUGGGUGCCUUCUACCCCUUCAUGAGGAAUCACAAUGACCACGGCGCCCGGCCGCAGGAGCCGUACGCCUUCAGCCCGGCUGCCCAGGCCGCCAUGAGGAACGCCCUCCGCCUUCGCUACUCCCUCCUGCCCUUCCUCUACACCCUCUUCCACCGGGCUCACUCCGCCGGGGAGACGGUGGCACGGCCCCUCUUCCUCGAGUUCCCCAAGGACCCCAACACCUGGGCUGUGGACCGCCAGCUCAUGUGGGGCGGGGGGCUGCUCGUCACACCCGUGCUGGAGGCAGGAAAGACCAAAGUCAGCGGCUACUUCCCGGCGGGGACGUGGUACAGCCUCGCGGGGGACUCCACCAUCCAUAGCAAAGGGCAGUGGAUCCUCUUGCCAGCUCCCUUGGACACCAUUAACGUCCACGUCCGCGCAGGGUACAUCCUGCCUCUGCAGGAGCCUGCAUUCAGCACUGCCGAGUCCCGCAAGAAGGGGAUGGCCUUGGUCGUGGCACUGACGCCGGACGGCUUCGCCAGGGGAGACCUGUUCUGGGAUGACGGGGAGAGCUGGCAGACCUUUGAGAAGGGGGACUACACCGAGAUCCUCUUCCUGGCCACACACGGCGCCGUCCUCAGCCAGCUCCUGCAGGCGAGCGCCCACCUCGAUGGGGUGCUGCUGGAGGCUGUGACCGUACUGGGCGUCACCAGCCCUCCCCGGCAAGUCCUGGCCAACGGUGUCCUUGUGGGCGACUUCUCCUACCGCAGCGACACCCAGGUGCUGAGAGUCCCUGUGUCGCUGCCGAUGUGGGAGCAGUUUGUGAUCGCUUGGUUCUGAGCCCGCUCAGCGGGGAGAGAUGCUGCUGCUCCCUCCGGCUCUGGGGCCGAAUCUGUCCUGUCCUUUGUAAAACCAGAGCUGCUGCUCUUCCCAUGCAACGCGGCUCCUGGGCUUUGCCUUCCUUUCUGGCUAACGUGAGUUCAUCGGAGAUGUGUGCACUGGACUUGCAUUGGGGUGGGGGGCUUGCACAACCCCUGGGGACGGGGAAAGCCUCAUUGCCUCCAAAACGGGGAAAAAAACACCCAAGUGCCUUCUGAGACUGCGAACCUGUUAACGUGAACUGGUAACCUGUCGAGGGACUGCAGGGAGUCUCCUGGCUGUGUUUUUGGGGAGGGGGAUUUGUGCAGGGG